CAGGACCCUCCCACAUCGAGCUUUUUCGCAACAGCGCCUCGAGUAUAUAAAUGCAGGUCGAGCGGCUAUCCAGCGCUGAGAGAGCCACACACCCUACACCUAUACACUUCUUUACCUCACACUUCUGUUCAUCUGCACGUUCACACCCCGUCCGUCCUGAUGAGUUAUCCGAUAGACACUAUAGGAAGCCCCUACCGGAGGGUGAUGGAAACCAGGACGAGCUAUCCGAGCCCCUCCAGCGGGUUCCGCUCCCAGACCUGGUCGCGGGCAAGCCCGAGUUCUUCUUCGUACAAGAGGACCUUCAACGUCCCGGUGGCGCGAGCUUACGGCUCAACAGUUCUGAGCUCCACCGACAGCCUUGAUUUCACUCAGACCUCCAUCCUCAAUGGAGACUACAAACGCUCCAAUGAAAAGGAACAACUCCAGGGACUCAACGACCGCUUUGCCGGCUACAUCGACAAGGUGCACUUUCUGGAGCAGCAGAACAAGCAGAUCGACGCGGAGAUCCAGGCACUGCGGCAGAGGCAGGUGUCGCAGUCUCAGGUGGGCGAACUUUACGACCAAGAGCUGCAGGAGUUGCGCUCCAUGCUGGAGCAGAUCCAUCACGAGAAGGCGCAGAUCCAGCUGGACACCGACCACAUUGAAGAAGACAUCCAGCGCCUCAGGGACCGCUUCGACGAGGAAGCCCGCAUCAGGGAAGAGACGGAAGCGAUCGUCCGUGCCCUGAAGAAGGACAUGGGUGACUCAGCACUCGUCAAAGCAGAGUUGGAGAAGAAAGUGCAGUCCCUGCAGGACGAGAUCGCUUUUAUCCGCAACAACCACCAAGAGGAGAUGAGCGAUCUGUUGGCGCAGGUGCAGGCGUCGCAGAUCACCGUGGAGAAGAGGGACUACCAGAAGGCGGAUAUCACCGAAGCGCUGCGCGAGAUUCGCUCGCAGCUGGAGGGCCACUCGACGCAAAACCUCCAGCAGGUGGAAGACUGGUUCGUGUGCCGCUACGCGAAACUCACGGAGGCCGCCGACCAAAAUAAAAGCGCCAUCAAAUCCGCAAGGGACGAGAUCGCAGACUAUCGCCGCCAGUUACAGUCCAAAACCAUCGAGAUGGAGUCUGUCCGAGGAACCAAAGAGUCUCUGGAGAGGCAGCUGAAUGACAUAGAGGACCGACACAACAAUGACCUUGCCAGCCUUCAGGAAACCAUCCACCAGCUGGAGAAUGAACUCAAGAGCACGAAAUGGGAGAUGGCACGGCAUCUUCGUGAAUACCAGGACCUCCUGAAUGUCAAAAUGGCACUAGAUAUAGAGAUUGCUGCAUACAGAACGCUUCUUGAAGGAGAAGAGAGCCACUUUAGCACUUUCCCAUAUCGCCAGGCCGUCACCAAAGGCCCCAAGGUCAAAAGAGAGCCUCCAAAGCUUAAAGUGCAGCACAAGUUUGUAGAGGAGAUCAUCGAGGAGACCAGGGUGGAGGAUGAGAAGUCUGAGAUGGAUGAGGCUUUGGCUGAGAUGGCAGAAGAGUUGUCAGCUGCCAAGGGAAAAGAAGAAGGAGAGGAAGAGGGAGAGGCUGAGGGUAAGGAUGAAGAAGGUGGUGAGGAUGAAGGAGAGAAAGGAGAGGAAGGUGAAGGUGAGGAGGAAGGAGAAGGAGAGGAGGAGGUGGUCGCCUCUACCCAAGCCAAAGUAGCCUCUGGAGCCCCUGCUGAGGUUGAAGAGGAGGGAGAGAAAGAGGGAGGUGAAGAAGAAGAAGAAGCUGAAAAGGGUGAUGAAGAGGAAGAGAAAGGAGAGGAGGAAGAGGAGGGUGAGGAGGAAAAGAAAGAGGACGAUGCAGAGGAGGAAGCAGAGGAAACUAAAUCUCCCAAAGCAAAGGCCUCUCCUGAGAGUGAGAAAGCAGAGGAGAAGCAGACCAGUGGAGGAGAAGAAGAAGGAGAGCAAGAGGGUGAUGAGGCAGAUGCAGGUAGCGACAAAGGAUCAACCGGUGAAAAAGAACCAGAAGCAAAAGAGCAGCCUAAGAAAGUAGAAGCAGAAGCGGCAAAGGAAGACAAGAAGGGAAAAGAGGAGAAGGAGGAGCCCAAAUCUGAGAAAGAAACAGCAACUGUGACGGAAACCAAGACAGAGACACCUAAAUCAGAAUCUCCAAAGAGUGAAAGCCCGAAGAAGGAAUCACCUAAGACAGAGGCUCCAAAAAAGGAAGCCCCCAAAAGUGAGUCUCCCAAGACUGAGAGUCCUAAGGCAGAACCACCCAAGAAAGAGGCCCCAAAGUCAGAGCCACCGAAAGCAGAAACUAAAGAAGAUUCCCCAAAGCCAGCAGAUGAGAAAGCUACUAAAAAGAGUGAACCAGAAAAAGAGCCUGAAGAUAAAAAGAAAGAGGCAACCGUGAACGGAGACACGGGCAAGAAAGACGAGAAGAAAGAGUCCGAUAAGAAGGAGGUGAUCUCCAACGGAGUGGAUGAGAGCCCAACCAAAGAUGAAACAAGCCAGAGAGUGGUGAUCACCAAGACAGUGGAGACCACCACCACUGGGGAAGGUGGAGUCAAGCAAGUCACAAAAACUGUUACCGUCACCGAGAAAGGAGAUGCGGUGGAGGAAACCGUCCAGGAGAAGGUGGUCUCCAAAACCGUGGAGAAGCAGGCAGUGAAGGCCACUGAAGCAGAUUAGACCCUAGCGUCCAGCUCUAACCAACUGAAGAGGAACCGGGGAGGAAGCAUAUCAAGCAAUCAACACAACACUAACAUAACAAAGAAAGCAUAAAGCUCAACAGAUGUAUUACAUUAACCACACUGAAACAAAAACAAGCAUAGAGAGAAGCCAUAAGAUGCGGCUAGAAUCUAAAAAAAUGCAUGUUGAGUGACAGCUUUAAAUGGGUUCUGCUGCAUAUGCGGUCCGGGACGCCGGGGACUCGCUUUCACUUUCGUUCAAACUGCAAUACCUGGGGGAGGGGGGUGGUCACUUGAAUGUGGCAUCUGCAUGCCAGCUCAGGGGGGAGUGCGCUCCUCGUUUUUUGAGAUAGAAAAAUAACCACCCUAUGUAUGACAGUAAUAUAAAAUACUCGCAGAGCGGUGGGGAAUGACAUUUACUUUGAUUUUGAGCAAUGAGGGGUGUAGAGACAUGUGUUCUGACAAAAGUAGCCUUAUAAAUAUUAUCACGAGGACACCAACUGAGCCAAAAAUGUAAAAAA